AUGGCACCCGACGAAGUGGACCAAGAAGAUCCGCUGCAAGCAGUUGUUUUGUGUGAUGUGUUCAACCAGCGUUUUGCUCCACUGACACUGGACCAUCCACGGUGCCUCCUGCCGGUGUGCAAUGUGCCGCUGAUUGAAUGGACACUCGAGUCGCUAGCAUCAGCUGGUGUACAGGAAGUGUUUUUGUUGGCUACGUGGCAUGUCGAAAAGGUUCGCGAGUACCUAGAGAAGCAUCAUCCUUUGUUGUUCAAGCCGCAAAGCUCGCGCUCUCAGGGACCGAGUGCCACAUCGCUUUCUCGCAUAUCGCUGAUCCCUGUGCCCGAGGCGCGCUCUGUCGGCGACGCAAUGCGUGAACUUGAUGCCCGUCAGGUCAUCAAGUCGGACUUUGUGCUUGUGCACGGUGAUUCACUAGGCAACCUCGACAUCGCAUCCGUCGUACGUGCCCACAAGGAGCGCCGGCGUGUGGACCGCAAUGCCAUCAUGACGAUUUGUGCUAUGUCAGUCGCAGAAAACAGCCGUGCCCGCCGUCAUGGAGACUUGUCGGUGUUCACUCUUGUGCCUAACACGUCCCAGCUUGUUCACUACACGUCAAUCCCGGCUAUACCUCGAGUUGCUUUGCUAAAGCUGCCACUUGAACUAUUUGAGAGCGCUCGGGAUCUGGAUGUGCGCAAUGAUCUCGUCGACUGUGGUGUGGACGUCUGUGCCAUUGAUGUGCCGCCUUUGUUCACAGAAAACUUUGAUUACCAGUCGUUACGACGUGAAUUUGUUCAAGGCAUUCUCACAUCCGACCUGCUGGAAGCAAAGAUCUUUAUGCAUGUGUCACCACCGGCCAGUUCGACAUCGACGUCCGCUGGCGAGCCAUUUUCCACGGUGUCGGGAGGUGUGCUGGGCUCACCAACGUACGGGGCCGGCUACAUGCUUCGUGUUUGUGAUCCAGCGCGUUAUGAUGCUGUGAGUCGCGAUGUAUUAGCUGGCUGGACAUUUCCCUACACCCCCCGCCUUGGUAUGCCGGAUGGUGCCAAGUAUACCAAGUCGUCUGGCUCCUGCUUCGUUAGUGACCGUGUAACGAUAUCCAGCUCCGCAUCAAUAGGUCGUCGGACCAUGCUGGACGCACACACGCGCAUUGAGGAUGGUGCUAUUGUAGGUGAGUCUGUGCUGGGUAAGAAUGUCCUGGUCGGCCCUGGAAGUGUGGUGCGUCAUUCGUACUUGUGGGACAGCGUCUCUGUCGGGCGGAACUGCACAAUUGACGGAUGCAUUCUCGGUGUGGGCGUUCAGAUCAUGGACCAUGUGCACCUGGCACAUGGCACUAUGGUGGGCGAUGGCUGCAUCAUUGGGCCUGAUGUGUCACUCGCGCCAUUUUCGCGUGUGUCUAUGCAUGCCUACCGCACUAGUGAAGAUGACUCUGGCGACGAAGACAUGGAUACUGACGCUGACACGGCACUUGGUAAGGCGUCUCGAGGCUGUCUAUGGGCCUCGCUGGAUGCAGCCGCCGCGUCCCUGGCACACGACGAGUCCGAUGACGAUGACGUCGACGUCCUUGAGCAUCCACGCAAUGCCAAGUUGUUCAUGAUUCGUCCUGACACAUCGGGUGUGGAGCUGAGUGACGCGGCCUCAGAUCUGUCUUCGAUAGACGCAGACUCAGAGCCUGGUUUGAUGGGCAGUGACAUGGGCGACUCGGACGACGAAGACUCGGACCUGUCUUCGUCGCUAUCGGCGAAUGGCUACGGCAGCAUGUCGCUCACGCUCCCAGGAGGUACAGAAUCCCAGACGUAUGGUGAGAAACUCGAGACGGAGGAGCGCGUGCGGGAAUUUGAAAAUGAAGCGCGUGCUUCUUUGGAGCGAGCGUUUGAGGAGAAGCAUGCACCCGAAAAUGCUGCUAUUGAACUCAAGACGCUGCGCAUGGCAAGCAAUGUGCCGCCGGGUGAAGUUCGCAAGGUGGUCGUGUCGUUCCUUCUGGGCCGGUGCUCUGUGGAGCGGGCGAAAGAAACGGCCGAUCUCCUGGAUCAUUGGGGCCCGCUUUUGCAGGAAGUGGCUCAAGAUGACCAGGUCGAGGCCCUUGCACUCAUGCAAUCAUACUGCGCCUUGCACCUGUCUCAUACACGCCUCUUCCUUCCCCUACUCAAGAAAGUGUACAACGAUGAGAUUGUCAGUGAUGAGGCCAUCCUGACAUGGUGGCGGCAUCCGUCCAGUCGGCACGUCGUGCUGCACGAUGAGCACAAAAAGGCUGAUGCGCAGCAGGUCGUGCUCGAGUUGCGUAAGCGCGCCGAGCCUGUUGUGCGACACAUUCUGGAGACCGAUGAUGAUGACGACGAGGACGACGACGAUGAGGAGGAGGAGGAGGAAGACGAAGACGACGACGAUGAUGAGUAG